GGCCAACUGCACCAGCAAUCUCUUAGCUACUUCAAUGCCGCGGUCACCCUGGGUAACUUCCACAGUCAGCUGUGGCAGAAAAGAGCGCCGCCAUUUGCCGUACCCACAGCUGUGGAUGUGAUGGUCUCGGGUACCUACAGCCGGUUCCCCAAAUUAGGUAAGUUCUUGUGCAUAUGA